AUGGCGCCCCUGUACUUGGAGUCAAUUUCAGAAGCCACGCCCUCCGCACAGCCUCACGCCCCUGCCGUGGGCAGGGUGACCCAUCACAGCAUCGAGCUGCACUGGGACUCGGCGAGGACGGCGAAGCGGCAGGGGCCUCAGGGGCAGUGGACCCAGUUCUCCAUCGAAGAGGAGGACCCCCGGACGCACGCCUACGGGGCCAUUUACAUGGGCUACGCCACCAGGCACGUCGUGGAGGGGCUGCAGCCGCGGACCCUGUACCGCUUCCGCCUGAAGGUCACCAGCCCCGCGGGGGAGUCUGCGCUCAGCCCGGCGGUCUCCGUGUCCACGGCCAGAGAGCCCCUGAGCAGCGAGCACCUCCAUCGGGCGGUCAACGUGAACGACGAGGAGUUGCUGCUGGGAAUCCUCCGUGGAGGCACCGUGAAGGUGGACGUUCCCAACAGGCUCGGCUUCACCGCGCUGAUGGUGGCUGCACAGAAAGGCUACACCAGGCUCGUGAAAAUCCUCAUUUCUCACGGCACCGAUGUGAACCUGAGGAACGGCAGCGGCAAGGACAGCCUGAUGCUCGCGAGCUACGCGGGGCACCUGGACGUGGUGAAGUGCCUCCGCCGGCAUGGCGCCUCCUGGAAGGCCCGCGACCUGGGCGGCUGCACCGCGCUGCACUGGGCGGCCGACGGCGGCCACUGCCACGUCAUCAAGUGGAUGCUGCAGGACGGCUGCGAGGUGGACGCCAUGGACGCUGGCUCGGGCUGGACCCCCCUCAUGAGAGUGUCCGCCGUCUCGGGGAGCCAGAGGGUCGCCUCCCUGCUGAUCGAAGCCGGCGCCGACGUGAACGUGAAGGACAAAGACGGGAAGACCCCCCUGAUGGUGGCCGUGCUGAACAAUCACGAGGAGUUAGUCCAGUUGCUGCUGGACAAAGGGGCAGAUGCAAAUGUGAGAAACGAGUUUGGCAAAGGCAUCCUGGACAUGGCCAGGGUGUUCGACCGGCAGAACAUGGUCUCCCUGCUGGAGGAGAGGAGGAGCCGGCAGGAGCCCAGGAGGUCACUGUCCCUGCUGUCCGCCGGCAGGACGCCGAGGGUGGCUGUGGAGCUGGAGAAGGAGAGCCUGCGCCUCUGAGCCAGACGCUGGAGUUUUAUUUAGUUGAAGAUUCAGUGACUUUUGUAACAUACGACCGUCCCCACUUUGAAAUACACCUCUUACCUGAG